AUUUUGAGUCUCAUAGCAAGGGGACUGAAUACUUGUUGAAAUAAGAUUGGUGAUGGAUUCUGCCAGGAGGCCCUGUUUCAUAACCGUGUGUUUGUGGGUACUGGCAACCACCUGUCUUCCAUAUUCCGGCUCCCAGAGCCCCAGCCUGUGGGGUAAGAAGGCGGUGUUCUUGGGCCGUCCAUGUAUGUGGCAGCUGGGUAAGGAGUGUGUAAUGCCCCUCCUGGAAGAGCUCAGUGUGUGUGUGCACCUGUGCCGGAAGAUCGCGACGCCUGAUUGGACCGGCUUUGUGUACAAGGCGCCUGGCAACAGGCAGGUAGAGCUGGGGCUUGCAGGCCGGGGAGGGCUCCUGGUGGCAUGGCUGUUUGGGCAGGAGUGGUCGGUACCAGAGGACCUGCCCCUGGAACACUGGCAAAACGUCUGCCUCACCUGGUCCAGCAACUCCGAGAGGCUCAGACUCUACAUCAAUGGGAGCAGUCACCUGGACGCCCCCGUUAACGCCAGCCUGUCCCGGCAACUGGCCAACAAUGGCACCCUGACCCUGGGGGUGUCCCAUAACAUAGUAGAUGGGGUGAUGGAGUUUGAGGAUGGGAAGAACUUCCUGGGGGACAUAAGCCUGUUCAGGAUGUGGGGGCGGGAGCAGACGGCUGAGGAGGUGAGGGCCCAUAGCUGUGCCGAUGGGAACGUGGUGAGCUGGGACACCCGUGACUGGGACUACCAGAGCUGCUUACCUGAAGAUGACACUAGCCUCCAGUGUGCAUGGUCAAUGUUCAAAAUUAAAAUGAAGGCCGUCAUAGCACAACGGCACCCUCUUGACAAGCCUGUCAAUUCCCCAGAGGACAUCAUACGCAAAUGGCUGGGGACCAUAUUUCCUGGGAACAUUUCUGUGCGUGACAUCUUUGUGUCAUCUCCAAGCCAGAUCUGUCAAGUGGGCUAUAAUCCUAGUGUGCGUAACACAGAGAAAGCUCAGGAAUCAAGAAAAAUGGAGUUCAACUCAACUUCUGACAAGUGUGUCAGCUGUUCGGUCUAUGUGAGUGUUAGUCCUGAGACUGAUGUUGGAGAGGCCCAGAAUGAUAUCUUUGGAAAGCUGAGUCUAGCCUUCACCUCUGGCCAAGUCACCCUUAUUGCAGACCCCAGCAGCCUCAGUGUACGCCCCAUAGGGGCUUUCCCCAAUGCAACAGCUUCUCCUCCCACUGACACCAACACCACUGCUGGCUCACCAACCAGCACCACUGCUGGCUCACCAACCAGAACUACUACUGGCUCACCAACCAGCACCACUGCUGGCUCACCAACCAGAACCACUGCUGGCUCACCAACCAGCACCACUGCUGGCUUACCAACCAGCAACACUGUUGGCUCACCAACCAGCACCACUGCUGGCUCACCAACCAGCACCACUGCUGGCUCACCAACCAGAACUACUACUGGCUCACCAACCAGCACCACUGCUGGCUCACCAACCAGAACCACUGCUGGCUCACCAACUAGCACCACUGUUGGCUCACCAACCAGCACCACUGCUGGCUCACCAACCAGCACCACUGCUGGCUCACCAACCAGCACCACUGCUGGCCCACCAACCAGAACUACUACUGGCUCACCAACCAGAACUACUACUGGCUCACCAACCAGCACCAUUGCUGGCUCACCAACCAGCACCACUGCUGGCUUACCAACCAGAACCAAUGCUGGCUCACCAACCAGAACUACUACUGGCUCACCAACCAGAACUACUACUGGCUCACCAACCAGCACCACUGCUGGCUCACCAACCAGCACCACUGCUGGCUUACCAACCAGAACCACUGCUGGCUCACCAACCAGAACUACUACUGGCUCACCAACCAGCACCACUGCUGGCUCACCAACCAGCACCACUGCUGGCUUACCAACCAGAACCACUGCAGGCUCACCAACCAGCACCACAGCUGGCUCACCAACCAGCACCACUGCUGGCUCACCAACCAGAACAACUACUGGCUCACCAACCAGAACUACUACCUGCUCACCAACCAGCACUACUGCAUCAGACCCUGGCUCUCCUUCAGAGACACACCAACCAUCCAUUGGAGUGCCUGCAAAUCCCACUGGCCUGUCUACAACCAGAGAAUCUUUAGACUUCAACUCAACAAAACCUGGCAUUGCAUCCACCUUCUACAGAGUUAAUAUGAAACUGAAUAUGACAACGACUGUAACUGGCAACGACCCAGGGGAGACCAUUCAGAAGUGGGUUCAGAGAAACCUUGGGAAAGUCAAGAUGAACGUAUUAAACAUCAAUAUUUUAAACUCGACUUAUAAAGUCAAUGAUCAUAAAAAGAUUCAAGAACUGGAGAUGACUGCUGAGCUGAGACAUGAGAAAAGGUUUAGAUGUACCUUCCAGGUUGAGGAUGCUGAUGCACGUAAUGUCACGACCACUCAAACACUCAUCACUGACCUUCUGUCUGGGAACCAUGUUGAUGAAGAGAUCCAGGUUGACCGCAGAGAUGUCCACGUUUCACAUAUAGAUCCUGGGAGCUGUCCUAAGGACACCCAUGAGAGUUUCUGGGGCGUGUAUAAAUGGCCAAUCACAGAGGUCCAGGUGACAAUAACUAUGAUCUGUGAGAAGAACCUUGGAUCAAGGGCUUCCAGGAAAUGUGAGUUAGAUGGAGUGACUGAGAAAGCCCAAUGGGCUAAGCCAAACCUGAAGGCAUGCAAGCCGGUAAUCACCAUCUCUGAUCUGGAUAAAGUCACCGUCACAGCAAACAACUCAGCAGAUGUGAUGGACAUGAUUAAGAACCUCCUGGGUGACGAGGGGGACCUGAGUGACUCCCAGCUGGCCACCGUGGUCCAGAAGCUGGAUGAGGUUCUGUGGGUCAGCACGGUGACCCCUCAGCUCGGCAGAGAUAUUGUCAACAUCGUCGCUGACAUCCUGGUGUCCAAUUCUGACCUGUCAGCGGUCGCCAACGAAAUUCUGGGUAUCACAGACAGCAUUGGGGACCAGAUGGAUUUCCACGAGGAGUCACUAAAUGUGACCGUCCCUUCCCUGGCCCUCUCCAUGAUCAACGUAGAUCCAGAGCAGUUCCAGGGCCUCACGUUUGGUGUCUCCUCGUUUUCGACUGGCCUUGUUCCAGAGACCUAUGUCAACCAGACGUUCUUGAGUCGGCCUUGUGAUGGCACAGUCGCAUCCAUCUCCCUUCCGCAGUCCCUUCACAACUUCUUCCCCCAGGGAAACAAAAAAAAGAGAGUUCAGUUCCACUUCUAUGGCAUACAAGAGCUUUUCAAGGACUCAGCAACCAACUGGACGCUGAAUAGUUAUGUGGUGUCUGCCAGUGUCAACAACAGCAAUGUCAGCAACCUCAGGGAUCCCGUGGUGGUGACACUUCGUCACCUCAAGCCUAAAGAGAUAAACGACAAGGUGGAGUGUGUGUACUGGGACUUCCAGAAGAACAAUGGGAGCGGUGGAUGGGACAGCAACGGCUGUGAGACACUUCCAAGUAUCUCCGCUUAUCAGACCACCUGCCAAUGCUACCACCUGACCCAUUUCGGGGUGCUCCUGGACGUGUCCAGGACUCCUAUCGGUGAGGCUGACCAGGAGAUCCUGACGGUCAUCUCUUACCUGGGCUGUGGUGUGUCCUCCAUCUUCCUGGGCAUCAGCCUGCUCACCUACGUGGUCUUUGAGAAGCUACGUAGCGACUACCCAUCUAAGAUCCUCAUCAACCUUUCUGUGGCUCUGCUGGGCCUGAACCUAGUCUUCCUGCUGGACUCCUGGCUGUCCUCCUUCGGCAGCUACGGUCUCUGCAUCAGCACGGCAGCCACGCUGCACUACUUCCUGUUAGCCUCAUUCACCUGGAUGGGCCUGGAGGCCAUCCACAUGUACUUCGCUCUGGUCAAGGUCUUCAACGUCUAUGUCCCCCUCUACAUCCACAAGUUCUGCGCCCUCGGCUGGGGCAUUCCUCUGGUGAUUGUCAGCAUGGUCCUAGCCGUAGAGAAGGAUGCCUAUGGCAAUGUUCUAUCUGAGGCCUCCCUUGACUCUCUACAGGGCUCUGAGCCAUUCUGUUGGAUGCAGAGUAAUGUUUUCUUCUACGUCACGGUCGUGUCGUUCGUGCUGCUGGUCCUGGUUUUUAACGUGGUCGUGUUCAUUGUGGUUCUGGUCCAAAUCCGCCACAUGCAGACCAAUAAGCCUGCAGCAACAGGAAACAAGCACUGUGCCAUGCAUGAUUUGAGAGCAGUGGCCAGUCUCACCUUCCUAUUGGGUCUCACCUGGCCAAUAGCCUUCUUUACCUGGGGACCAGCCAGGGUCCCUAUGCUCUACCUCUUCUCAGUCCUCAACAGUCUGCAAGGGUUCUUUAUCUUUGUCUUCCACUGCCUGAUGAAAGAGAAUGUGAGGAAGCAGUGGAGGAUCCAUCUGUGCUGUGGCCGAUUCAGGCUCAAAGACUACUCAGAUUGGAGCCACUCCAUGACGAUGGGCAGCAAGACCAAGCAGAACCAGCUGGUGCACCGCUCUCCAUCUGUCAAGUCUGUCAACACCUCCUCUAGGAAGAUCUCUGAUGACUCCACUACAGCUAGCUGUAGCUCUGGCACACCCUACCAACAGGGGGCCUAGUCUACUGUAGCUCCACCACGGGGCCUAGUCUAGCUCCACCAGGGAGCCUAGCUCCACCAGGGGGCCUAGCCUAGCUCCACCAGGGAGCCUAGCUCCACCAGGGGGCCUAGCCUAGCUCCACCAGGGGGCCUAGCCUAGCUCCACCAGGGGGCCUAGCCUAGCUCCACCAGGGAGCCUAGCUCUACCAGGGGGCCUAGCCUAGCUCCACCAGGGGGCCGAGCCUAGCUCCACCAGGGGGCCGAGCCUAGCUCCACCAGGGGGCCGAGCAUGGCUCACAGGACAGGGACACUGAACUUUACACAACAUGUGCUAUAACAUCCUUCAUCUGAAACAAUGGGAAAAGCUUGAGCUCAGGACAUCAUAGCAGACACCUGAGUUCAGUCCAUUCUGAAUUGCACUGUCGUAUGUCUCUCUGCAGUGCAGUCUCAACUUCCUCAGGAGAUAAACAUAAUCUAGGUUUAAGUGUUAGCCUGUUCUGUGCAUUAAAGGACACAAACUCUAUGAAUGAUGUGUAUUGUAAGUGGACUAUUGUUGUAGUAAAUUAUCAAUAUGUUGGUACCUUGUGCAUUCUAUCUGGUAAAUUGCAUUUCUCUUCUCCAUAAUGUGUUUAUGUUUAUCUUUUCAUGAUGUUAAAUUAAUAACUUUUGCAAAUAAAGAAGAGGAAUGAAAAC